AUGGCAGCCGUUCCUGAUGUACAGGAGGAGUUUAUGGAGUUCUGCAGUGUGAACGAUGAACAGUUCUACGAAGUCGACCACCCCUACUUCGGGAAGAGCUCCGACCAAGGCCCGAGCCCCUGCUCCCUGUCCCAGAGCUGCUCAGCCUGCGACGUGGGCAUCCAGUUGCAGUUCACGGAGCAGACCUCUCGCCAGGUCUUCCGCAGGACCGUGGUGCUGGUGGUAGCCAUAGAGAAGAUGAAAAAGGCAUCGAAAGCGAGGCCCUUCACGGACAAUGAUUUGAGGAGCAUCUUCGACACCGUCUUCGAGACCAUCUCAUUCGAGAGGCACAAUGUCACCCACGCAGUGGAUUCCAUUUACCGUUACUUCAGAUCCAUCUCCUACGAAAUACGGGACACUGACCAGAAGUGCUUCAAGCUGGAGGCUCCCGCCCAGCUGGUGGCUAUGCAUUUGCAAGGCCCCAACAUCAGACACAAAGUGAAGUUAAACAUGGCUCUCUACAGACCGAAAAGCGGCACAAGCAGCCUGGGCUCCAUGAGGUUUCCGGUCGCUCUGGGCAUCAAGGGGAGAAGUCUCUACCUGUCCUGUGUGCACAAUGGCCAGCAACCAGUGCUGCAGCUGGAGGAGGCCGAUAUCCUGAAGGACGUCGAUGGAGCCGAGCUGGAGCGCUUCAUCUUCUACAAGGUGGAAAACGAGAGCACGGCCCAGUUCGAGUCGGCCGCCCACCAUGGCUGGUACAUUUGCACCUCCCCCCAGAACAACCAGCCUGUUGGCGUCACCAACCGGCUCGGGGAAGUGUUCAUCACCAACUACUUCCUCACCCAGUCCAAGCGCUGA